GCCGGAGGAGGGGCGGGGUGGGAAUGCUCCCGAGAACACGGUGGCUGCACAGACAAAAAACCCCCGAAUGACUGGAGAGCGUUCCACGGUUAGCAGCCUUUGGGGGCCGAGCACGGAUUUGACAGCUCCACGACGCGAGGACAUCCGCUGACCCCGAGAGACGCAGGAGACCGCUGCUCGGAGAUCGCCUGUCAAGCACAGCCAGCGCUGUAAGGUUUCAACUUUCCAACUUUUUUUUUUUUUUUUUUUUUUUUUUGCCAGUCUCUGACCAGAAGACUGUGUCCCUUCGUAUCUUUUCUAGCUUGUAGACUGGUUGAAAGCCAUCAGUAGAAAAGACAUUUCUGGUUCCACAUGUCGCGCAGACGUGUGUUUUCAUGACUGUUUUUGAUUUUUGCAUUUGUCGUUUUAAAAAACACAAAGUGCUUUCGGUGACAUGCUGAAAGGUAACUGAAGACCGCGAGGAAAAGCUCCAGUUGUGAUGGCUGAAGGAGAGAAUGAAGUGAGAUGGGAUGGACUGUGCAGUAGAGAUUCAACUACUAGAGAGACAGCAAUGGAAAACAUUAGGCAAAUCGUUUUGAGAAAAACUGAGUACCUUCGUUCGUUGAAAGAGACACCUUGUCCUCCAUCAGACGGGCUUUCAAAUGCUGUUUCUUUGGAUGGGUUGAAUAAGCUUCUUGCUCAUCUGCUUAUGCUUUCUAAGAGGUGUCCCUUUAAAGAUGUAAGAGAGAAAAGUGAGUUUAUUCUGAAGAGCGUCCAGGAACUUGGAAUUAGAAUUCCUCGACCACUAGGACACGGACCAAGCAGAUUCAUCCCAGAAAAGGAGAUUCUCCAAGUGGGGAGUGAAGACGCACAGAUGCAUGCUUUAUUUGCAGAUUCUUUUGCUGCUUUAGGUCGUUUGGAUAAUAUUACGUUAGUGAUGGUUUUUCACCCACAGUAUUUAGAAAGUUUCCUAAAAACUCAACACUAUCUACUGCAAAUGGAUGGGCCAUUACCCCUACACUUUCGGCACUACAUUGGAAUAAUGGCUGCAGCAAGGCAUCAAUGCUCCUACUUAGUGAACCUCCAUGUAAAUGAUUUUCUUCAUGUUGGUGGGGACCCCAAGUGGCUUAAUGGUUUAGAGAAUGCACCUCAAAAGCUACAAAAUUUAGGAGAACUUAACAAAGUGUUAGCCCAUAGACCUUGGCUUAUUACCAAAGAACACAUUGAGGAACUUUUAAAAGCUGAAGAGCACAGCUGGUCCCUUGCAGAACUGGUACAUGCCGUAGUUCUACUCACACACUAUCAUUCUCUUGCCUCGUUCACAUUUGGCUGUGGAAUCAGUCCUGAAAUUCAUUGUGAUGGUGGCCACACAUUUAGACCUCCUUCUGUUAGUAACUACUGCAUCUGUGACAUUACAAAUGGUAAUCACAGUGUGGAUGAGAUGCAGGUCAACUCAGCAGGAAAUGUUUCGGUAAGCGAUUCCUUCUUUGAGGUAGAAGCCCUCAUGGAAAAGAUGAGGCAGUUACAAGAAUGUAGAGAUGAAGAAGAGGCAAGCCAGGAAGAGAUGGCUUCACGUUUUGAAAUAGAAAAAAGAGAGAGCAUGUUUGUCUUCUCUUCAGAUGAUGAAGAAGUUACACCGGCAAGAGAUGUAUCUAGGCACUUUGAGGAUACUAGUUACGGCUAUAAGGAUUUCUCUAGACAUGGGAUGCAUGUUCCAACAUUUCGGGUCCAGGACUAUUGCUGGGAAGACCAUGGUUAUUCUUUGGUAAAUCGCCUUUAUCCAGAUGUGGGACAAUUGAUUGAUGAGAAGUUUCACAUUGCUUACAAUCUUACUUAUAAUACAAUGGCAAUGCACAAAGAUGUUGAUACCUCAAUGCUCAGACGUGCUAUUUGGAACUAUAUUCACUGCAUGUUUGGAAUAAGAUAUGAUGACUAUGACUAUGGUGAAAUUAACCAGCUAUUGGAUCGUAGCUUUAAAGUUUAUAUCAAAACUGUUGUGUGCACUCCUGAAAAGGUUACCAAAAGAAUGUAUGAUAGCUUCUGGAGGCAAUUCAAGCACUCUGAGAAGGUUCAUGUUAAUCUGCUUCUUAUAGAAGCUAGAAUGCAAGCAGAACUCCUUUACGCUCUGAGAGCCAUUACCCGCUAUAUGACCUGAUGCCUUUCCUCCAUUAAGGAUGAUGGAAUGAUCAGCAGAUGUAGUCUACAAGGGGAAGGUACUAGCCCCAGGACCAAUGGUAGAUAAAAAGAAUUCAGAAAUCCAUUGUGCCAUGAUUCCUUUAGUUUCUGCUAUUUUACUGUGGAAAUACUGCUGCUGGCACGAGCAGUGGAUGCUUGGCAGCUUUAAGUUUAGAACUGUGAAGAAGGGCUGCCAUUCACAGUAUUUUGCUUUUUGACAGUACAAGAUGCUGUAUAACUGUUUUAAUACAGCAAAUAGUAACUCUCCAAAUCCUGUUGCUUUUAUGUUAAAUAAGAUAACAAGAAUUGGAGCAUGCAAAGAAUGGGUCUUGGAUAAUGGUGUAAGCUUUUAUAAAGAAUUUUAGAUCUUGGUGCUGCUAUUCCUGCUGGUGGAAUGAAUAGAGUGGCUGUUCCAGUCAAGCUAUUAGUAAUAAAAGUGAACACUGCUACUAUCUGAGCCUACAUACAUGAUUUGUGUGGUUUCAAAUUAAACCUGCAUAUGUGUUAACUUUUUGCAUCUAAAAAAGCAUAGAACUAUAUAGCUCAGCAGACCUUUUUUUUUUUAGUUAUGGGAUGACAUUAAAUUACAGUGGCAUUCUUAAAGAUUUUCUUCAAAAAGUAAUCUUAAAUUGUGUAUAAAUAGGAAAAGCUGUCUAUCUUUUGAUAUGCUCUUCCCCAAGAUUCUCUGACACUGGAGGGCAUCUGUCUUUGUGCAGUAUUUUUUUUUUCCAGCACCAAGGUUGUGGGAAAAGUUGCUAUAGACUGCUGCGCAGUCCCAGGUGCAUCCUAUCCCUGUUCCUACCCACAUUAUGGCCCCUACUUUAAAGGUUGUGCAGCUCCUUAAGUGAUAAAGCUGGAAAAUACUUUGUCAGGUCAUCAAUUUGAUUUAUAAAAAUGCUAACUUUGAAAUGCAAACAGGUUUGAAAAAAUGUAUUAAGUACUUUGUAUUUGGGAAGCGUGAAUUGCUUUUGAACUGUCAGUAUUAUUGGUAUUUUUCAAUAAAGAAUAAUUUUUCUCCAAUUUUAUUUGCUGUCUUACUACCUUAAAAAGCCUUGAUUCACUACCAGUAACAAUUCUGAAUUUGUGUUUACUUAGAUUUGCCAAGCAUAUUCACAACUUUAGUGCUAUAGUCAAAUGAGAGAUUGCUAUUAAGUGACAAAACUUGGAAAGCCAUUAAGAAGGAUAUUAAAAAAAAAAGUGCACCUUUAAGAGCUUAUCUAACACUUAUAUUUUUAGCUUGGAAAUGACUGGUAUAGGUCCCUUUUGAAUGAAUAUUUUGGAGUUCAAAUUUAAUUAAUAGGGAUUAAAAACUAGAGCAUAUUAGGGAGUAACUGCAGCAAAAAAUGACACUGUCAAACAACUACAUGUACCUCUAAUUUUAGUCAGAGUUGUUGAAUAGCUUUUAUUCCUCAAACUAUUGCUAAAGGCUUAAUCUAGUCCCUGUAAAUUUAUAUCAUGUGGAUAGGAAGGGGAUGCUUAAUUUUGAGGAGAGGGACUUAUGAUUUCAAGGAUAUACCCUAAAUCAGAAGACAAGGCUAUUACCUUAGAAAGUAAGCCAAUUUCUAGUUAACUUACAAUAAUGUAUACAUGGUCCUAUACAUUAAAUUUGUAUCAUGCCUUUGCCUUCUUUUGCCUGCUUCUGAGUUGUCUUACCAUAGUAAUACAGGUAAAUCUAACAAGUACUGGAUAUCUGGCUCCAAAUUUUUAUUCAUUCUGCUGUUUUUUUACACAUCCUUUGAAAAUACAAAAAUUUCUAAAAGAAGUUCUAAUCAGUAGUAGAUGAUCACAAAACAAGAUCAGCUGAAUGCAUUAUUUUAGUCUAUUGAGGCUUAUAAUCUAAGAAAUCGCAAGUUGAAAUGAAAAAAAUUUAAUAAAAAUAUACGCUCAUAUCUAAAGUGAAAAAGGCAUGCAUGUGAUACAAAGUUAAUAUUUUAAUGCCUCCCAUUUAACAGGUGCUUCCUGUUACUCAGCAUGUUUCUCAAAACUGACCACACUGGAUUUAAUGUUACUAGCAUAGUCAUUGAAAUUAAUGGUUUCCAAAAUUAUUAGGGACGGUAAAAUGGAACACUCUGAGACAUGAGGAUCUCCUCCCACCCACAAGGAUUUUUUUCGUAAAUAAUUAUGGAGAUUUAUGAUUGUAGAUUCCAGAAUUCAAUUUUUGAGACAUGAGUCUUGAUUUUAAAAAAAUAUAUGAAAUAUGAUUCUUUUGGUAAAAUUUAGGGAACUUUUUUUUCAAAUCAUGAAAAGAUCCUCUAUCACCAGGGCAAUGCAAAUCAAAGCCAUUAGACAAAUCACCUCACACCUGUUAAAACAGCAACUGUAGCAAAACAAAAAUAUCACUCCAAUAAUAUAUUUCUUUUGCAAGAGUAUUUCAUAGGAAGGGCUCUGAA